GCUGAGUUGCUCAGACAUGGCGGAGGAUACAGUGUAACUGAGGAUCAGCGGCGGAGUUACGUGAGUUUUCCCAGCAGUGCGUGUCGGCAAACUGCGCAUGAAAUGUUACAGAGGAAGAGGAAAACGCGUCCAGCCAAAGCGCACUCUGCACGGGAAGCAAAAAAACCCGAGCUGAACCGCUCAGCGUGAGGAAGAUGGAAACAUGUAUCGCUGUUUAGUGCAGUCAACAGCCCUGGGCAACAAACAUGGCUUCUUGUGCCUUUUUCAACAUGCUGUAAUAAAAAUUGAUCUCCCUCGCAAACCGAUGUCGCGGUGGUUCCGGCGAACUUCAACUUCGAAGUUCAGCUCCCUGAUCGCUCGGUACUUUUGAUCGUUUUUGCGGAGCCCUGCAUCCCCUAACGGCUAGCCGGGGAAGCUACGGAACUACAGAGAGAGAGCCAUGGAGCCAAAGCACAAAGAGUUGCUGGACCGGUGCCACCAGAACCUGCUGGAGUCCAUCACGGACGCGGACCGGGUCGUGGAGCUGCUGGUGGUGUCCGGCACCCUGAGCCAGCUGGACAGGUUCGAGCUGGAGCAGAACUGCUCGUCCAGCGCGGAGAAAGUGGAGCACCUUUUGAAGAUGCUGAUGAACAAGGAGAGCGACCAUUUCCUGGACCUGUGCGUGGCCCUGGAGAAGGCUUACCCGGACCUGCACGCUGCCCUGCUGGCCCACCACGCAGGGGGACCCGUGGACCACUCCACCGGUUCCACGUACAGCGUUCUCUCCACCAUGCCAUCUGACUCGGAAAGCAGCAGUUCUCUCAGUAGUGUUGGUUCGCCUGUUAACGGCGACGCAUCCUCCCCUCCCCCAGCCAUCAACGACAACCGGCACACCGGGGGCAACCUGGACACCAUCUUACUGCAGCUCCGCCAGGUGACCAGGGAGCGGGACGAGCUCCGUAAGCGUCUGGCGUUGGCAUCGCCGGGGACCACCUUCGACGACUGCAGGCCAAAUUCCAAAGCCAGCCAUGACUAUGAGCGUCUGAAGAGUCAGUGCAUGAGGGCUAUGGCCGAUUUGCAGUCCCUCCAGAACCAGCAUACCAAAACACUGAAGAGGUGUGAGGAGGCUGUGAAGGAAGCUGACUUCUACCACAUGCUGCAUAGUCGUGUUUUGGGUGACCAGGCACAGCUAAAGGAGGAGAUGGAAACACUCAGGAGGGACAAUGCCCAACUUGUCCGAGAGCACAAUCACCUUAAACAGAACUGCGAGGAGCUCCAGCGGCUGCACAGUCAAGACCAGAUAGAGUUGGCUGACUUUCGGCUGCAGCAACAGCAGGUAAUGAGAGAAAAGGGCUCAUCAGAGGUGUUAAAUAAGCUGUAUGACACAGCUAUGGACAAACUGGAGGGAGUAAAGAAGGAGUAUGAUGCUCUAAGCAAACGCUACAGCGAGAAGGUGGCUAAUCAUAAUACAGACUUGAGUCGUCUGGAGCAGGCAGAGGAAGAGAACCGACGGCUGCAGAAGCAGAUUGAUACACUGCUCAAACAGCGAGACUCAGCCAUGCACUACCAGCAGCAGUACUCUACCUCGAUGAGGAGGUUUGAUUCAGUCCAGCAGGAGCUGAACAAGUCCUCAGCUCAGAACAAGGAACUACAGAGAGAGAUGGAGCGGCUACAGUCAGAGGUGACGCGCUACAAAAACCUGCAGCUGAAGGCGGCCAAAGACGGCGAGAAGUACAAGGAGGAGAGGGACUCGGUGUUUAAUGAAUAUCGUCUGAUCAUGAGUGAGCGGGACCAGGUGAUCAAGGAGCUGGAUAAAUUGCAGACUGAGUUGGAGGCAGCUGAGGCCAAGCUUAAAAACACUUCUUCAGAGAGGGUGGUGGCCAGUGAAGAGCUGGAGGCACUUAGACAGGAGCUGAACUCGUCACUGGUGGACCGUGACAGGGCCAUCUGUGAGAGGAACGAGCUACUAGAGAAGUACUGCCACGAAGUGAAGGACAAAGCAGAGGCCCAGAAGGAGCUGAGCCAGGCCUGCAAGGACAUUGAGACUGUCCGAGAAGAGAGGGACGUGGCUCGCAAAGAGAGGACAGAGGCCAUCAUUCAAAGGGAUCAGCUGCUCCGAGAAUACUAUCAAGCCAGACAAAAACAAGACUCCGCUACCUUGGACAUGGAACGAGCCAAUAAGGAGAUUGAGGUGCUGAGGAAACAGUACGAGGCCAUGUCCCAGGAACUGAAGGAGGCCACGCAGGAAGCCGAGGUGGCCAAAUGUCGAAGGGACUGGGCUUUCCAAGAGAGGGACAAAAUAGUGGCAGAGAGGGAGAGCAUAAGGACUCUGUGUGAUAACUUGCGAAGAGAAAGGGACCGGGCAGUCAGCGAUCUAGCCGAUGCCCUGCGUAACUUGGAUGAUAUGAGGAAACAGAAGAACGAUGCUUUGAGAGAGCUGAAGGAAUUAAAGGAAAAGAUGGAGAGCCAACUGGAAAAAGAGGCCCGAUUCUGUCAGUUGAUGGCCCACAGCUCUCACGACUCCGCCAUCGACACAGACUCCCUGGAGUGGGAGACAGAAGUGGUGGAGUUUGAGAAAGGCAGGGAUGACAUGGAUUUGAAGGCACUUGGGUUUGAUAUUGCUGAGGGGGUAAAUGAUCCAUAUUUACCAGGAGAUUGUGGAAUAUUUGUUACAAGGGUGGACAAAGGAAGUAUAGCAGAUGGGAGGUUAAGAGUGAAUGAUUGGUUGUUGAAAGUCAAUGACAUCGACUUGACUAAUAAGGACAGGAAGCAGGUUGUGAAGGCUGUCCUUAAUGGAGGAGGACUGAUCAACAUGGUGGUUCGAAGACGGAAGUCUCUCGGAGGAAGGCUGGUCACUCCUGUUCACAUCAACCUUGUGGGACAUAAAGACAGUGGUAUUGGUCUGGAAAGCGGGGUGUUUGUUGCAGCCCUUGUCCAGGGAAGUCCUGCAGCCAGAGAGGGUUCUCUCACAGUAGGAGACAGACUCAUUGCUAUAAAUGGGAUUGCUCUGGAUAACAAGUCUGUGACAGAAUGUGAAGCUCUGUUGAGGAGCUGCAGAGACUCUCUAAGCCUCUCUCUCAUGAAGUUUUUCCCUCACAGCACAUCAGGCCAAAACAUUUUUGAGAGUCUGCGCGACUCAUCAGAGAAGUCCAAUGGGCGCAUUAACCUGUCAGAGAUGCACUCCAGGAACAGCCGCAACCUCAAACACAACAGCUCAACACAGACUGACAUCUUUUGCCCUGAUGUUGGGAGUGCAAGCACAAGUAGCAUUUCUGGGGAGAGGAGGAAGGUCAGAGGUGAAUCUGAUGAGAUGUAUGGUGACAUGAGCAAGCCAUUCUCUACAGGUUCUCUGCACGCUACAAGCCUCAGGAUGGCGUCAGACUUGGGAAGUGGUCGCUAUGGGCCCAGUGCUUUCCAAGAGUGCUGUCCCUAUACAAAGGGGCCUUCCUCUCUGCCGUUUGAGCCCAUUUCUCCCUCUGAUUGCAUCACUAUGGAGACGAGCUUGGAGAAGAAGCACAGCGGGGGCACAUGGCCCAAGAUGAUGGUGGGGGGCAUGUCGGUCGCACCAGAUAAUGCUAGCCCAGUUACAGCAGCCACCCAACUCUCCAUCUAUAAAUCACCCAAGCAGAGGAAGUCUAUCUUCGAUCCAGACACUUUUAAACGCCCAGAAACACCUUCCUCUAAGAUGGAGUUCAUGGCAGCCAAUCAGAUUGCAACGGUACCUGCAGCUGCAGCGUCUCACUCCCCACAGCCUUCAAAAACAGAGUCCCUCUCCUCCUCUUCCACUCCUACCCCAACCCCUCCAACCCCUCCCACUCGCAGCGACUCCUUUAAAUUCAAACACAAACAUCAAAGCAGCUCUGCCUCUGACUGCACCAUCACCUCAGACGGAAAGGGGGAGGCUGCCAUCUCCAUGGCAGCAGGAGAUGGCAGGGAAAAGAGUGAGCGAGAGAGAGACAGGAAUGGAAACCACUAUUUCCUGGACGGUAAGGUCCUCACCUCGAGGAAGUCAUGCGAUGAGGACAUUGGCCGUACCAGAGGGGAGGAGCCAGAGGUGAAGAGACCACGCCCCAAAUCUGCCCCUGCCCUUCGUCGUAGGAUGACCCCCCAAACCAUCACGCUUCCCUCCUUCCAAAGCUACUCCAACGAUGAACACUCACCAGAGCCCAGGGACAUGCUGCGGUCCUCCCCCAGCCGCUCACAUAGACACAGUGUGGGGUUUGUCCCCACCGUCUACAAUGGCACCCUCCCCCCUAAUUCAGCCCACCGAGGACUGUCUCCUUGUCCCGCUGUCACAGCUGUGAUGAGGAAUCCAGUGUAUACCGUGCGCAGUCACCGUGUUCAUACUGGCAACUGUCCAUCUGUUGCAUCACAGAUAUGCCAUCAGCACACCCACACCAGCCCACAGCAUCAGGGUCGUCUGAGUCUGGACCUGAGCCAGCAGAAGCGCACAAGUGACUUCUCUGAAUCGUCAUCAACACGCAGCAGCAGAGCUUCACACGGUACAAACUCACUGCCCUCCAGCUCUCGCCUCGGUUCUUCAAGUAAUGUUCAGUAUCGUACAGAGAGGAUCAAAAUUCCUUCCACUCCACGCUACCCCCGCUCCAUGCUGGGAUCAGACAGAGGCUCCCUUUCACACUCGGAGUGUAGCAGUCCCAGUCUCAUCACGCCUCCUCAAUCACCACUCAAUCUGGAGACUUCUUCGUUUGUCAGCAGCCAAUCUCAAGGCUCUAUUUCUACUUUACCUCGGAUCUCAGUCAGCCCUGUGCCAAUAGGGGAGCGCAGGAAAGACAGAUCUCUUUACCGUAAUCGCUCUUUUCUAAGGAUUCCUCUGGCUGCAAGGCCGAGGUUCUCCUCUCUCAGGAGCCUCAGACCGUACUUGGAGGAACCACGCAAUGUCGUUGUACACAAAGGUGCAGAGCCUCUGGGCAUCUCCAUUGUGAGUGGGGAGAACGGAGGAAUCUUCGUCUCCAAAGUUACCGGAGGUAGCAUCGCCCACCAGGCAGGGCUGGAGUAUGGAGACCAGUUACUGGAGUAUAACGGUAUCAACCUGCGAAACGCUACGGAGCAGCAAGCUCGUCUCAUCAUCGGCCAGCAGUGUGACACCAUCACCAUCAUGGCCCAGUACAACCCACACAUGUACCAGCUGGGCAACCACUCUCGCUCCAGUUCCCGUCUGGAGCCGGUCAGCACUCAGUCGACCCCCCAGGGCAGCGGUAACGCCACUCCUGACAAUCACUCCACCAUCGAUACGCUCAGUGAACAAGACGAGGGUACGCUCACCCCCUCCUCCAAGCAGACCACCCCCACCACUAGUCCUAACAAUUUCAUCAGAAUACAAUCGGACGGCAACAGGAAAGUGGGUGAGCCCCGGCUGGUGACGAUACGCAGGCCUGGCGUGGAGGUGGGGGUCACGCUGUGUGGGGGUAAUCUGCGGGGCGUCUACAUAGAGAGCGUGGAUGAGGACAGUCCUGCCAGAGGGCCUGAUGGCCUUCUUGCUGGGGAUCUCAUCUUGGAGUAUAACUCGGUGAACAUGAAGAAUAAGACUGCAGAGGAGGUGUAUGUUGAGAUGCUGAAGCCUGCAGAGACAGUCACGUUAAAGGUGCAGCAUCGGCCCGAGGACUUCAGCACGGUCAAAGAUGUUCCAGGAGAUGGUUUUUAUAUUAGAGCACUUUACGACAGAGUCGGGGAGGCUGAGGGGGACCUCAGUUUUAAGAAGGAUGACAUCUUGUACGUGGACGAGUCUUUGCCAAAGGGUAGCUUUGGGACGUGGAUGGCCUGGCAGCUAGAUGAAAACGCACAGCAGAUCCAGAGAGGACAGAUCCCCAGCAAAUACAUGAUGGACCAAGAGUUUUACCGCAGACACAGUGUGACUGAAAUGAAGGAAGAUUCCAGUAAGACGCUCUCCGCAGCAGCCCGGAGAUCCUUUUUCAGGAGGAAACAAAAACACAAACGCAGCAGUUCCAAAGACAGCAAAGAGAUGGUGGCUCUGGACACCAUCAGCACCGAUUCCAUCCCCUUCCUCGAUGACUGUGUGAGCCUGGCAUACCAGCGAGUCCAGAAGGUCGAGUGCACCUCCCCUAGACCGGUACUCAUACUUGGGCCACUCACUGAUCCCGUCAAGGAGAUGUUGAUGAAAGAAUCUCCUGGGAAGUUCUGCAGAUGUGUACUAGAGGUGAUGAAGGCAUCCCAGCAAGCCAUUGAGCGUGGCGUCAAAGAUUGCCUCUUUAUCGACUACAAGCGCAGGAGUGGACAUUUUGAUGUGACCACUGUUGCUUCUAUAAAGGAAAUCACAGAUAAGGGCUGUCACUGUCUGCUUGACAUUGCCCCGCACGCCAUUGAAAGGCUCCACAGCGUUCACAUUUAUCCUAUUGUAGUCUUUAUCCGCUACAAAAAUGCCAAGCAGAUCAAGGAACAGAAGGAUCCACUUUUUCUGCGGGACAAAGUAUCUCAAAAACAUUCCAAGGAGCAAUUUGAGAGUGCACAGAAGAUAGAGCAAGAGUACAGCAAAUUUUUCACAGGUAUUGUCCAAGGUGGCACCCUCCCUUAUAUUUGCACUCAGAUCAUCACUAUAGUUGAUCAAGAACAAAGUAAAGUCCUGUGGACUCCACUUGGCUGCCCCUAAAGGAGACCGGCUGCCACUACAGCAAACUGCACCUCUUUCUCUCCAUUCCCUAAACACUAAUUAAUCCUUACACGCUAUACCAGUAGGUACACUACAGUGAGCUAGUUGCAUAAAUUGAUAUUUUUUUAUUUUGUCUUUGUUAUGAUUUAUAAUCAAGGACUCCUUUAUUUCUGACGUACUCCGGAGCAGGUUAGUAGCACUGGAUAUCAAUGUUCGAUCAGUCUUCCCUAUGGAUUUCUGGUGGUGUAUUUGUAAUGCUGCAUUGUAAGCAUCCGUUUACAGUCCAAAUAUUGGUGUUCAAUAUUUCCUGGAAUGCGUGUCCCUCCCCCCUUUUGAUGUACACAAACCUCAACUCUAAUGAAGUUCAGCAACCUCUGACCCCUGUGUGCCAAAUGGCAUUUGUGGUUCCUUUACAGUUAUGCACCCACUUAAUGAUGACUGACAACUAAUUGUAUAUUUUUUUAUUUCGUUGUUGUUGUGUGUAUGAGUACACUAAAAGUAUGCAAGAAUGAAGACAUAAGUUUGAGACUCGUUCACAAUUGUAAUGACGAUUUCAGCCGAGUGGACGUUUUGUCAGCGCGAGUACAGUGCUGUGGAAGUGGAAUGCCAGGAUCAGACAUCAAAUUCCUUGUGGUGUGUCAUCACAAAAGUGCAAAAGCAUCAAACCUCUCUGAGUAUGUAGCCGUGGUCUUACUAAAGCCACCUGCCAGCAGUCACUGAUGUUUGCUCUGUGCAUUGUGUUUCUGUAGUAGCUGGGUGUGUGGACGGUUUAUGGGCCUUUUUAAGAAGUGCCUUUGGAGAAGAAGCCUGAUCUGAAACCAGCCCUUGGUCAUUUGCGCCGGGAACUUGUUUUAACGUUUUUCUUCAGCGCAUCGUUUCACCCACCGUGGACGAGAUGAACUGGGAGCGGAUCUGAGACCCGUACAGUCUGGAGUGAGUGACGUUGGUGAGGUUUGGAGAUCAGGCAAAAGUGGCAGCCCCACAGGUUAACUUCUCAGAAUGCACUCCAGGGCUAGACAGACCACUGUGUAACUAUCAAUGUAUCUGUUCAACAUGUAUUUAGCAAAAAUAGUCUACCACACACAGUAUGCAGAUACAUCCGGGGAAAAAAGCAAAUUUAUAUAUAUACAUAUAUAUACAUAUAUAAAUACAUAAAUGACUAUAUAUAUUAGAUGUAUUUUCACUAGGUCAAACACCUAGGAGCGUCUGGCGGUCAAGUCAUGUCUUAGAGGGUGUUGGCAUGUUUUUUAUGUUUUAUUUGACUUUUUUCCGUGAUUGGUUGUCAGUCACUUAUCGAUGUACUCAUAAGACACGCAAAGUUUGCAGGAUAAUUCCUCCAAGAGUUGUUCUCUGAUCCGUUUAAAUGUUCGUAACUUUUCAUUGUUAUUUAAAUGUAUGUUUUUUAAAUAUUAUUUUUCAGGAGGCAAAAAAAAAGUAUGAACAAAUAUUCUGCCCUUCCUCAAAACCAUAUCCUGUAUCUUAUUGUGCCAAAAUCCACUUAGGCAACUUUAUCCUUUUAUUUCUGUUUUGCACUUGUUUAUCUGUGAACCUUAAACAUGUAACUGUUCCUAGGUUUCCAGUAGACUAUGAAUAGGUACUAUUAUUUCUACUGUAACUAAUUCAUGUUUUUAUGUAUCACGUCAGUUCCUUACAUUUCAUUGAUGGCCUUUUAUCCUUUAAUUAGAAAAAAAGAGGAUUGCUUCUUAUUUUGAUUAUUAAAAAGGGAUCUAUUCUUGCACAGUUUUUCAAAUGAAAAUUUGUCCACAAGUUUGACUAUUUGGCUAAAAGUAUAAGCAGAAGCAAGCUGUAAUGUUGCUAUUUUUCUGAAUAGUUAGCGUAAACCUACAUUAGAGCUGGAUACAACAUGAAAUGGUUGUAUAUUUAGGAGAAAGGGUCUUUAAGAGUCUAGAUGCCAGGUACUGAUUAAACCUUUCUUUCAUUAAAAAGAAUGUGAUUUGUAUGUUGAGACAUUAACAUGAGAAUAAAACUCAUUUUUCUGUAUCACAACAAUGACUCUGCACUUUUUCCCGUCAAACGCUUGAAUAAAAU